UAUGAGUGCAUUUUGUAUGCUUUAUUUAUUGGUGGUAUUUAAUUUGACUAUUCAAGGUAUUAGGGCAUGUUCCGGAAAUGCAUGUGAAAAUCAAACUCUUUAUUUGAAAUGUGAUGCUAAUCACGAAUUAAACAUAUCGACAGCUGCUUAUGGAAGAGAAAAAAACGAAUUUAAUACAUGUGCAAACACAUCCUUACAAGAACCUUCUGUAAAAGCCUUUGUCAUAGAAAACAAUUGUGUUGCCUCAAAUUCUUUUGAGAAAGUUCUAGCCCUCUGUAGUGGAAAGACACAGUGCACUAUACAAGCCAAUUCAGAAAUCUUUGGAGAACCAUGUCAAGGUGUUCCUAAAUAUUUGAAAGUAGAAUACACUUGCAAAUCAUACUGCCUUCUAAAGAAUCAAGGAAAAGCUGAAGGACACUUUUUUGUACACAAUGAUGAUACAGAUUUCUUCAUCAAAAAACCAGCAGAUAAUGUUCAGGGUUUUGAAAGACAUCAUAAAAAAAAUUAUCAAGGACAUGAGCUUGUGUCAUUUCUACAUUCUACUAUACAAUCUUGUGCAACUCAUUGUAAAAGUCAUGUAGAUUGCAAAGCAUUUGUUUUUAAUAAUAUAAUGUCAGAAUGCCUUCUAAAGAAUCAAGGAAAAGCUGAAGGACACUUUUUUGUACACAAUGAUGAUACAGAUUUCUUCAUCAAAAAACCAGCAGAUAAUGUUCAGGGUUUUGAAAGACAUCACAAAAAAAAUUAUCAAGGAUAUGAGCUUGUGUCAUAUCCACAUUCUACAAUACAAUCUUGUGCAACUCAUUGUAAAAGUCAUGUAGAUUGCAAAGCUUUUGCUUUUAAUAAUAAAGUGUCAGAAUGCCUUCUAAAGAAUCAAGGAAAAGCUGAAGGACACUUUUUUGUAGACAACGAUGAUACAGAUUUCUUCAUCAAAAAACCAGCAGAUAAUGUUCAGGGUUUUGAAAGACAUCAUAAAAAAAAUUAUCAAGGACAUGAGCUUGUGUCAUAUCCACAUUCUACUAUACAAUCUUGUGCAACUCAUUGUAAAAGUCAUGUAGAUUGCAAAGCUUUUGUUUUUAAUAAUAAAGUGUCAGAAUGCCUUCUAAAGAAUCAAGGAAAAGCUGAAGGACACUUUUUUGUAGACAACGAUGAUACAGAUUUCUUCAUCAAAAAACCAGCAGAUAAUGUUCAGGGUUUUGAAAGUCAUCAUAAAAAAAAUUAUCAAGGACAUGAGCUUGUGUCAUAUCCACAUUCUACAAUACAAUCUUGUGCAACUCAUUGUAAAAGUCAUGUAGAUUGCAAAGCAUUUGUUUUUAAUAAUAUAAUGUCAGAAUGCCUUCUAAAGAAUCAAGGAAAAGCUGAAGGACACUUUUUUGUACACAAUGAUGAUACAGAUUUCUUCAUCAAAAAACCAGCAGAUAAUGUUCAGGGUUUUGAAAGACAUCAUAAAAAAAAUUAUCAAGGACAUGAGCUUGUGUCAUUUCUACAUUCUACUAUACAAUCUUGUGCAACUCAUUGUAAAAGUCAUGUAGAUUGCAAAGCAUUUGUUUUUAAUAAUAUAAUGUCAGAAUGCCUUCUAAAGAAUCAAGGAAAAGCUGAAGGACACUUUUUUGUACACAAUGAUGAUACAGAUUUCUUCAUCAAAAAACCAGCAGAUAAUGUUCAGGGUUUUGAAAGACAUCAUAAAAAAAAUUAUCAAGGACAUGAGCUUGUGUCAUUUCUACAUUCUACUAUACAAUCUUGUGCAACUCAUUGUAAAAGUCAUGUAGAUUGCAAAGCAUUUGUUUUUAAUAAUAUAAUGUCAGAAUGCCUUCUAAAGAAUCAAGGAAAAGCUGAAGGACACUUUUUUGUAGACAACAAUGAUACAGAUUUCUUCAUCAAAAAACCAGCAGAUAAUGUUCAGGGUUUUGAAAGACAUCAUAAAAAAAAUUAUCAAGGACAUGAGCUUGUGUCAUAUCCACAUUCUACUAUACAAUCUUGUGCAACUCAUUGUAAAAGUCAUGUAGAUUGCAAAGCAUUUGUUUUUAAUAAUAUAAUGUCAGAAUGCCUUCUAAAGAAUCAAGGAAAAGCUGAAGGACACUUUUUUGUACACAAUGAUGAUACAGAUUUCUUCAUCAAAAAACCAGCAGAUAAUGUUCAGGGUUUUGAAAGACAUCAUAAAAAAAAUUAUCAAGGACAUGAGCUUGUGUCAUUUCUACAUUCUACUAUACAAUCUUGUGCAACUCAUUGUAAAAGUCAUGUAGAUUGCAAAGCAUUUGUUUUUAAUAAUAUAAUGUCAGAAUGCCUUCUAAAGAAUCAAGGAAAAGCUGAAGGACACUUUUUUGUAGACAACGAUGAUACAGAUUUCUUCAUCAAAAAACCAGCAGAUAAUGUUCAGGGUUUUGAAAGACAUCAUAAAAAAAAUUAUCAAGGACAUGAGCUUGUGUCAUAUCCACAUUCUACUAUACAAUCUUGUGCAACUCAUUGUAAAAAUAAUGUUCAGGGUUUUGAAAGACAUCAUAAAAAAAAUUAUCAAGGACAUGAGCUUGUGUCAUUUCUACAUUCUACUAUACAAUCUUGUGCAACUCAUUGUAAAAGUCAUGUAGAUUGCAAAGCAUUUGUUUUUAAUAAUAUAAUGUCAGAAUGCCUUCUAAAGAAUCAAGGAAAAGCUGAAGGACACUUUUUUGUACACAAUGAUGAUACAGAUUUCUUCAUCAAAAAACCAGCAGAUAAUGUUCAGGGUUUUGAAAGACAUCACAAAAAAAAUUAUCAAGGAUAUGAGCUUGUGUCAUAUCCACAUUCUACAAUACAAUCUUGUGCAACUCAUUGUAAAAGUCAUGUAGAUUGCAAAGCUUUUGCUUUUAAUAAUAAAGUGUCAGAAUGCCUUCUAAAGAAUCAAGGAAAAGCUGAAGGACACUUUUUUGUAGACAACGAUGAUACAGAUUUCUUCAUCAAAAAACCAGCAGAUAAUGUUCAGGGUUUUGAAAGACAUCAUAAAAAAAAUUAUCAAGGACAUGAGCUUGUGUCAUAUCCACAUUCUACUAUACAAUCUUGUGCAACUCAUUGUAAAAGUCAUAAUCAAGGAAAAGCUGAAGGACACUUUUUUGUAGACAACGAUGAUACAGAUUUCUUCAUCAAAAAACCAGCAGAUAAUGUUCAGGGUUUUGAAAGUCAUCAUAAAAAAAUUAUCAAGGACAUGAGCUUGUGUCAUAUCCACAUUCUACAAUACAAUCUUGUGCAACUCAUUGUAAAAAAUCAAGGAAAAGCUGAAGGACACUUUUUUGUACACAAUGAUGAUACAGAUUUCUUCAUCAAAAAACCAGCAGAUAAUGUUCAGGGUUUUGAAAGACAUCAUAAAAAAAAUUAUCAAGGACAUGAGCUUGUGUCAUUUCUACAUUCUACUAUACAAUCUUGUGCAACUCAUUGUAAAAGUCAUGUAGAUUGCAAAGCAUUUGUUUUUAAUAAUAUAAUGUCAGAAUGCCUUCUAAAGAAUCAAGGAAAAGCUGAAGGACACUUUUUUGUACACAAUGAUGAUACAGAUUUCUUCAUCAAAAAACCAGCAGAUAAUGUUCAGGGUUUUGAAAGACAUCACAAAAAAAAUUAUCAAGGAAUGAGCUUGUGUCAUAUCCACAUUCUACAAUACAAUCUUGUGCAACUCAUUGUAAAAAAUCAAGGAAAAGCUGAAGGACACUUUUUUGUAGACAACGAUGAUACAGAUUUCUUCAUCAAAAAACCAGCAGAUAAUGUUCAGGGUUUUGAAAGACAUCAUAAAAAAAAUUAUCAAGGACAUGAGCUUGUGUCAUAUCCACAUUCUACUAUACAAUCUUGUGCAACUCAUUGUAAAAGUCAUGUAGAUUGCAAAGCUUUUGUUUUUAAUAAUAAAGUGUCAGAAUGCCUUCUAAAGAAUCAAGGAAAAGCUGAAGGACACUUUUUUGUAGACAACGAUGAUACAGAUUUCUUCAUCAAAAAACCAGCAGAUAAUGUUCAGGGUUUUGAAAGUCAUCAUAAAAAAAAUUAUCAAGGACAUGAGCUUGUGUCAUAUCCACAUUCUACAAUACAAUCUUGUGCAACUCAUUGUAAAAGUCAUGUAGAUUGCAAAGCAUUUGUUUUUAAUAAUAUAAUGUCAGAAUGCCUUCUAAAGAAUCAAGGAAAAGCUGAAGGACACUUUUUUGUACACAAUGAUGAUACAGAUUUCUUCAUCAAAAAACCAGCAGAUAAUGUUCAGGGUUUUGAAAGACAUCAUAAAAAAAAUUAUCAAGGACAUGAGCUUGUGUCAUUUCUACAUUCUACUAUACAAUCUUGUGCAACUCAUUGUAAAAGUCAUGUAGAUUGCAAAGCAUUUGUUUUUAAUAAUAUAAUGUCAGAAUGCCUUCUAAAGAAUCAAGGAAAAGCUGAAGGACACUUUUUUGUAGACAACGAUGAUACAGAUUUCUUCAUCAAAAAACCAGCAGAUAAUGUUCAGGGUUUUGAAAGACAUCAUAAAAAAAAUUAUCAAGGACAUGAGCUUGUGUCAUAUCCACAUUCUACAAUACAAUCUUGUGCAACUCAUUGUAAAAGUCAUGUAGAUUGCAAAGCUUUUGUUUUUAAUAAUAAAGUAUCAGAAUGCCUUCUAAAGAAUCAAGGAAAAGCUGAAGGACACUUUUUUGUACACAAUGAUGAUACAGAUUUCUUCAUCAAAAAACCAGCAGAUAAUGUUCAGGGUUUUGAAAGACAUCACAAAAAAAAUUAUCAAGGAUAUGAGCUUGUGUCAUAUCCACAUUCUACAAUACAAUCUUGUGCAACUCAUUGUAAAAGUCAUGUAGAUUGCAAAGCUUUUGCUUUUAAUAAUAUAAUGUCAGAAUGCCUUCUAAAGAAUCAAGGAAAAGCUGAAGGACACUUUUUUGUAGACAACGAUGAUACAGAUUUCUUCAUCAAAAAACCAGCAGAUAAUGUUCAGGGUUUUGAAAGACAUCAUAAAAAAAAUUAUCAAGGACAUGAGCUUGUGUCAUUUCUACAUUCUACUAUACAAUCUUGUGCAACUCAUUGUAAAAGUCAUGUAGAUUGCAAAGCAUUUGUUUUUAAUAAUAUAAUGUCAGAAUGCCUUCUAAAGAAUCAAGGAAAAGCUGAAGGACACCUUUUUGUACACAAUGAUGAUACAGAUUUCUUCAUCAAAAAACCAGCAGAUAAUGUUCAGGGUUUUGAAAGACAUCACAAAAAAAAUUAUCAAGGAUAUGAGCUUGUGUCAUAUCCACAUUCUACAAUACAAUCUUGUGCAACUCAUUGUAAAAGUCAUGUAGAUUGCAAAGCUUUUGUUUUUAAUAAUAAAGUGUCAGAAUGCCUUCUAAAGAAUCAAGGAAAAGCUGAAGGACACUUUUUUGUAGACAACGAUGAUACAGAUUUCUUCAUCAAAAAACCAGCAGAUAAUGUUCAGGGUUUUGAAAGUCAUCAUAAAAAAAAUUAUCAAGGACAUGAGCUUGUGUCAUAUCCACAUUCUACAAUACAAUCUUGUGCAACUCAUUGUAAAAGUCAUGUAGAUUGCAAAGCAUUUGUUUUUAAUAAUAUAAUGUCAGAAUGCCUUCUAAAGAAUCAAGGAAAAGCUGAAGGACACUUUUUUGUACACAAUGAUGAUACAGAUUUCUUCAUCAAAAAACCAGCAGAUAAUGUUCAGGGUUUUGAAAGACAUCAUAAAAAAAAUUAUCAAGGACAUGAGCUUGUGUCAUUUCUACAUUCUACUAUACAAUCUUGUGCAACUCAUUGUAAAAGUCAUGUAGAUUGCAAAGCUUUUGUUUUUAAUAAUAUAAUGUCAGAAUGCCUUCUAAAGAAUCAAGGAAAAGCUGAAGGACACUUUUUUGUACACAAUGAUGAUACAGAUUUCUUUAAAAAAAUUUUGAUGUUAAUGGAUUUGAUUGAUAGUGUAUGUGUUAUAAUUAAAGAUUUAUGA